UAAUACGCCGAUAUACCACCGAUUCUGCCACCAUGGCUCUACACGGGACUCCCGAGAGUAACUGCCGCGGUACGCGCGCCGCGUCGCCCGACCAAAGACAUUGCUAAUCGCGCGCCCAUGCCGCGAGGGAUAUCCCAAAUCCACGAUCCGCACCCCCGUCGCAGUCGCGGGUAGUCGCAAGUGGUGGGUGCAUUUCCGCCACGUUACCGUCUCAUCGGUGUCCCGAGAAACCCGCGACGUAUCGAACUACCAGUGCCAACAUCGAGCAGUGCCGGGAUCAGUGAGACGUUCAAGAAGAAAGGGUGUUCCGCGUGCGAUGGAAUCGCAUUCACGCGGCUGAUCACCGGAUCGGGUUGCUCGGAGAGUGGACCUCCCCGAUUGGAGCGGUAUACGAACGGUCCCGCGUGCGAGCGUAGUGACUCGCGAGGAUGAAGGGUCGCGAGAUCAGGUAAAAAGGGUGAUCGCCUUCUCACUAGCGGGUAAUGUGGAGGAUGCAGGAAGGCAGGACCGUGUCGCCUCUAGGACCGGUCGUCCUACCGCGGGAGGAGGCUGACAUGCGUGCGGGUCUGUCGCUACCGCCUCAGGAGAGGAGGCCCGUGUUGCUGGUGCGCACCGGCGAGUCCUUCCCGAGGUACGACAGCGUGCGGCAGCAGCAGCAGCAACAGUCGCCGUCGCACUCGCCGAUCCUGCGAUCCGUCACGGUCGUCGAGAAGGAUCAGUACCACGAGCUGGACCCGCAGGUCAGGGAGAAGAGGCCGAACGACGAAGAGGAGGAAGAGCAGGACGAGGAGGAGGAGGACGAGGCCGAGGACGAGCGGAACGCGUCGGCCAGGAGGAACGUCGUCGUCGACGAGGAGGACGACGAGGAACCGGAGGAGGAAGAGGAGGAGGAGGGUCAAUCGGAGAGGCACCGGAACGGCGGCUACCACCACGAGGACGGGGACGUCGAGGUCGACGUGUGUCGUGAGGACGCCGACGAGAGCAACCCCAGCAGCCCGGUGGACCUGACGGCACCCUCGUCGAGGGUGGUCGCGAGCGAGCAGUUCGUACAUCCGUUCGCCAACCGCGGGGUGCAUCCUUUUACCUGUGUGCAAAGUGGUGGCCCCGUCGGCCACGGGACGCCAGUGUAUAUAACGGGGCACGCGGGCGCUACCGGCUCGACCGUGAUGACGGUGUGCACUUCCGGUGGCGUGACACGCACCACCACCGGCACGUCGACAGGUAGCAUCACCACGACCGCCACCGGCACGGUGCAGACGAACAACAAGCGGUGCCUCGCAUUCUCCGUCGAGAAUAUCCUGGACCCGAAUAAGUUUACCGGUGGCCGCGUCGUCCACAAUCGCGUGCAUCAUCGCCGACACCGACGAGCCGGCAGCGUGCACGAAGACGGCGACUCGCGGGGCGAGUUCGCCUGCGGCAGCGGCCAGGAAGAUGAGGAAGGUACACCGGACACCGUCAUUGAGGAGAUGGAAGAAGACGCCGAGGAGGAGGACGACGACGAGGAGAUUGAGAUGCGGGUGGUGGAUCAGGACGCCGGCAGUGUCGGCCGGGAAAAUACGAGCGGCGGCACCACCACGGCCACGGCCAACUGCAAGAAACGGCAGUCCUCGUCGUCGUCGUCCACGUCGUCCAGUAGCGUCCAGGUGCAAAACUGUCAGGGUCAGGGUCAGAACGGGCAGAACGGUACCAGCGGCGGCGGUGGCGGCGGCAGCGGUGGUGGCGGGGGUAACAGCAACGCCGGUGGCAAACCCAGAAGAGCGCGAACGGCCUUCACGUACGAGCAGCUGGUCCGACUGGAGAACAAGUUCAAGACCACCCGGUACCUGUCGGUGUGCGAGCGCCUGAACCUGGCGCUCGAGCUCCAGCUGACCGAGACCCAGGUGAAGAUCUGGUUCCAGAACCGGCGCACCAAGUGGAAGAAGCAGAACCCGGGCCUGGACGUGAACAGUCCCACGGUGCCGUCGGCGCCGCCGCACCCGUCGCCGUACGCACCGGCUUUCCUCUUCGCCGCGCACCCACACCAGCACCCGCUGCCGCACUCGCACGCGCACCCUCAUCCACACGCCCACGUACAUCACCCGCCACCCCCGGUGCCGCCGCCCGGCUACUACCAUCCAGCAGCCCCACCUUACCCGCCGACCGGACCGACCUUCUUCGGCCAUCAUCUGUCGGCGACUCCUGCUGCGACUGCGUCGGGACCGCCGCCGACCUCGACGCCUUCCUCCACCGGCCUGGCCCUCUCGUCUCAUCCGCUCCCGCACACGCACCCGCACGCGUAGCGAACUCGACGACGACAGCUCGCGUCAACGUCCUCGCCUUCGUAGUCCUCGGCAAGGAACUCGACGGGUACUCGUGCGAGCACGCUUCACGCCCCGUAGAGAAAAGUACCCGGAAGAAGGGAACGAGCGGACGAAAGGAGGCGCACAUAGGUUCGUUGGACUACUCCGUGCACUCGUCGGAUGUCGACUCGUUCGAAGCUGGCAGCUCGACGACGCUCUUCGUUUCUCGGUUGGUUGUUUCUUCACGGCGAUUGCAGUUAUUUUUUUCGAAUUGAUAGGGGAAGUUAGUUCGCGCUGACGAGCGGAUCGGGAAUGAAUUUUUCGAAAAUAGCACGAGUCCAUCCUAGUCCUUUGUCCAAGACUCGCCAGUGCGAUUGUUAUUUGAACUUUCAUUCUUGGACUUGUGGUAUUUUCUGCAUGCAAGUAUUAUGCGAUUUUGGUGUGUCGGGAUUGCGACUUCUGUUCGACAUUUAGAGGAAAAAUAUUGAACUUUAAUUAAGCGUCGUCUAUCGCACGGCGAAUGUGUAGUGCUUUCGUUUCUCGUCGGAUCGAGUCGCGAUGUUAUAUUUUGCCUUCCCGUUGCGUACAUGGGACGACUCGAUAGCAUAAUCGGUUUACGUAGGGUGACGUUCAAAAAACGAGCGUAUCUCGUUCCGGCCCGACAUUGGCCAAACAUUGGAACUCCACGCAACGUAUUUCCCUCCCGGCGUCGAUUCUUGGACAAUGGUGAGGAGAAGGACGUUCCUUUGUAACGAGAAAACGCACUCGUCCCUCUUGAUAGAUAACCGGACGUUUAACAGGAAAGCGAGAUGGUAAUAGAGUAGAAGGCAGAGAGUCCCAUUAAAAAGUUUUGAUUACUUCGGAGCUUCUCCAAUUUGCACUCAUCGCUCCUCGUUUGCGAGCUCCGCAUCGCGACGAUUGAACAGAGCCAUAAACUGUAGUAAUAUUGCCCGGAAUCGGCGAGCCAUGCUUUGCCUAAUAAAAGAGAAAAGGAACUUCGCGGUACUUUCCUCCGAGUUGUAAAGUAAAAUGGCACGAAUACCCGAGUCCUUGUCGUUUUCUCACCUUUGUAACAUAUUCCGUUUGUCGUCGCGACGUUAAGCGACGCCGGAAGCUCGUCUCGAGAAGAAGUAGAUUUUAUCAGAAAACGCUCUUAGCAGUAAGAUGACGUGUGCGUGUGCGUGUGCGAGGGUAUGAUGGGUAUGCAUAUUUAUGCGUGCGAUUCUGUGAUUGUGCGAGAAAUUUAGUGAGCAAUGUUGCGUGCUGAUCGCGAGAGCGAUGAUCGCACGUCCGGAACAUAGUGAUCGUUCCUGUGUAAAAUAAAAAUCAUACGUUACGCUCGUAAAAAAA